GUGCUGCUACAGCCGGCAAUGUUUCAGUCGUUUUUUGCCUCGACGGGUGAGUAUAGUUUCGCCUUCGUCGUCCCAGAGUCCGCGCGGACAGCCUGCCCGUUUCCUUUCACCUGCGUGAAUCAUGAAGUCGAUCGUUUUACUAGCGUUGGUGGUCGCGUGCGCCCUCGUUUUGGCCGAGACGGCGAGCACCUCUUCGUCUUCGACGAAACCGGUCAAAGAGCCCAAGGAGAUCAAGGAGGCCGCGACAGCUUCGAAGGACGUGAAGGCCGCCAAAGAGGCGGCGAAGAAGAAGAAGGACUGCGUCCGUGAAUGCGGCACAGCGUACGAGCCGAUUUGCGCCCACGAUCCGAACGACGCCGCGUCUAAACCGAGAACGUUCGGUACCGAGUGCGCUCUCAACGUUCACAACUGCGAGAUGGGGACAAAAUUGGUGGUGAAGAGCAAGGGCGAGUGUCCAGGAUCGGGCGGCGUGAGGCUCUCUUGAACGAAGGAUCACCUCACCUCGCAUCAUGCCGCUUCUCCGUGAUCGAGGGAAUACAAUGCUUGAGCAAUCUUAUGUAACGACGGGCUUGUGAUUCUGUUUAGCUUUAGAUUUAGCGAGUGUGAAAAUAAAAAGAAAUGGCAAGAAGAGAA